AUGAGUCGGCCAUCUGCGAAGAACAUUAAGAAUCUAGAUAAUUUGUUUUCUGUAUUUAAAAAAUCCAUACCUGAUUUAUCUCUAGAGUACAACACUUUUCUCCCUCACUUAUAUCCAACAGAGCAAUAUACACAUCGUACCGAAUUUAGGAGUCUCGCAAGACAAUUAAUAAGUACUCAAAUAUUCAGUUAUAACUCUAGGUUGUUUCGACGAUCAAAAUAUGAUGUCAAUGGUUCGGAUUUUAAUUUUAUGUCAAAAUUACCUGGUGGAACCAAUGCAUUCGAUUUAAUUAAUCCUCGGACUUCAAAACAUACUUCACAAGAAAUACUAAUACAGAGAUUUAUAACAGAUAAUAACUUGAAUGGUAUAUCAAAUAUUCCAAUACCUGAAUCAAGAUUACCUAAACGUAUAAGAAGAAAAUUUGAUAGAUUAACCGUAUUAUCAAUAUUGGGAUUAUUGAUUACGAAAGAACCAACUGCAUCAGAGAUCAUCAUAAACGAUCGUGUUCUUCAAUUGAAGGGAAAUUCUAAAUAG